AUGGGCUGAAAGAUGGCGUCUCCCACGGACGGGACGGAUUUGGAAGCAUCUUUGCUAAGUUUUGAGAAACUUGAUCGUGCCUCGCCAGAUCUUUGGCCGGAACAAUUACCAGGUGUUGCUGAAUUUGCAGCUUCUUUCAAAAGUCCCAUCACUAGCUCUCCACCCACGUGGAUGGCUGAGAUAGAACGCGACGACAUCGACAUGUUGAAAGAGCUGGGGAGCCUCACCACGGCUAAUCUGAUGGAGAAGGUACGAGGCCUGCAGAACCUGGCCUAUCAGCUGGGGCUGGAUGAGUGCAAAAACAAGCCAUCUGAAGGUAAGAAUUUGGUGUAACUUUGUACCUUUUAUGACAGAAUGUGCUAGAAUAUUGACUGGACUUAAUAGAUAAAAAUUCUUUGUGCAAUACACAUCUUUUGCUUAUAAGUGAUAGGACGUCAACUAAAACUCACUCAAUCUAAAGCAAGACUUCAUCAGUUCACUUUACUUUGUUAAAAAUCCAGGGGAACAAAUAGAUCUGUGAGUCUUAAUGAUGCUAUUGAGGUGUAUUCUUAUUUUCGCUGCUGUCUGUCUAGGCUCACUUUACACAUGCCACUAGUCUUAGAGUCUUGCUGUUGCCAGGUAGCAUUUUCUCAGCACUAGGGAUGGUGAGCAAGAAGAGAUGCAGUUAGUGAUUUUGAAUCUCAUGUCCUUCUGGGUGUGCCAAAAGAAAGUUGCUGGAAGAGACUUUUGUGUUUGAGCCAGUCCUUUGGUGGAAGCCGUGGAGGUUCACGUUAAACUGUACACUUUCCAUAUCUGUGUAUCUUUGGUGGUGGGUAGGAGCAAGUGUUUUUAAAUUCUUAAUUAAUAUUUAUUUCAUUGUGCACACAUUUGUGCAGCAGUCAGAGAACAACUUGGGAGCGCCGAUUCUCUCUCCAGCUUGUGAUUCCAGGGAGCUGAAGUCAGGCUAUUGGGAUCAGCAGUGUGUUCCCUUACCCACUGAGCCAUCUUUACUGCCAACUGUUUGUUUUUCUAAGAACAGGAGAUGUUGGGACUGGAGUUAGUUGUAGUGAAUAAUUCAGUCAUCCUAAUCACUGAGAUUUUUACUUUUUUAGUUGAGGUAAGAAAAUACUUUUAAGCUAGAAAUGGACAUGAUUACAUUGAUAUUAUAUUGGACUUCUUGGAUACCGUCUCUUUUGUUUUAGUGUGUAGUGUAUUUGCAUAAAAACAUGUUUUUUUGUUCUCUUAGAUUAUUCAUCUACUCUAGGGGUUGUCUUUCAUUUGACACCUUAAUCUGGUGUUUCGAUGUCUCAGUAUUCUUUCCUACAUUAAUUGAAAGGAUGACAUGUGUGAAAAAUAAGCAGUAGGAACUGAUAAAUCCCUGUGGACCAGUGAUACUGUUUUCAUGCAAAUAUCUGCCCUGGUAAAGAUGAUGAGAUGAAAAAAAUGCAAAAUAUAUUUAGCUUCAAACCAUGAUUGUCAUUUUGCAGUAUUGUUAAAUGACAGUAUAGGAAUAACAAGAACUCUACUGCUGACGCUACCUACAUUGCACCUUUUGGAAGGUGAGCCUUGCUUUACCCUUUGAUUUGGUACAUGCUUGUAUGUCAGAUAACCCUUUUGGUAUACAGAUUAUAAAACACAAAAACAUCCUUUUAUAGAUUUUUAAGGUACUUUUUCCAUUCUUGGGAGAUUUGUUAUGUUUGUUUUAGU